ACAUCAGUGAAGAAAGGAUGCUCUUGUGAUUUAAGACACUGGAUUGGAUUUAGCAGAUCUGGAUUCAAUUCCUUGCUCUGCCACAGACUUCCUAGGAUCUUGAAGUUGUACAGCAGGUGACUGAAUCAAAUAAACAAUAAAGCUAGAGCACAUGAAAAUUUUGGUCCUGCUGUUCAUGCAUGUAAGAAAGAAUGGUGGAAGAUCUAAAAGACUCUGGAAGUCAGAGAAUAUGGACAGAAACACCCAUCAAGAGAGAGAACCGAUUUAUUGAUGCAGUGCUGAGCUACCUCAUGGGUCCAAGGUUUCUGGUUUAUGCAAGCUGUGCACUUUCUAUAUGGUUUUGUCUCGUCUGUUUUUCAGGGAGAUCGAAUGUGGCACUUUGCCAUGUCUGUAUUCCUGAUAGAAUUGUAUGGACAUAAUCUCCUUCUAACAGCUGUUUUUGGGUUAGUGGUGGCUGGCUCAGUACUAGUGUUUGGGGCCUUAAUUGGAGAUUGGAUUGAUAGAAAACCAAGAAAUAAAGUUGCUCAUGCAUCGCUGUUCAUUCAGAACUCCUCUGUCACUGCCUGCUGCGUAGUACUGAUGUUGGUGUUCUCUUACAAAACCGAGAUUGAGCAAAUGUGGCACGGCUGGUUUACUGUGUUCUGUUAUGCAGUGGUAAUCAUUUUAGCUGAUCUGGCAAACCUGGCAAGCACAGCGCUGACGAUAACCAUUCAGAAAGACUGGAUUGUGGUCAUCACAGGUGAUAACAGAGGCCAGCUGGCUGGAAUGAAUGCAGCUAUAAGAAGAAUGGAUCAAGUCAUAAAUAUCUUCGCUCCUCUGUCCGUGGGGCAGGUUAUGACCUGGGCCUCUAAUGUCAUUGGCUGUGGAUUUAUUCUUGGAUGGAACUUGAUCUCUCUUCUGGUAGAAUUUAUAUUCCUAUCCAGGGUGUACCAACUAGUGCCUCCUUUGGCUGUAAAAUCUCAACAGAAUGCAGGAGAAUAUGUUAUAGAAAGACAAGUGGAACUUACAAAUGUGCCAGAUCAAGAUGGCUACCUAGCUCAAGGCUGUGAAAAAUUUCGUGCCCUGACUGCAGAAUCGGGGUCCACUCUUCCCAAGAAAGCAGGAAUUCUUCUUGCAGCUUACUGCACGGUGGAGCAGUUGCCACCAGAACCAUUAAAACCUUCUGACUGGUAUUUUACAGGGGAUCUUCCCAUUUGCUCAGCUGUUGUUGAAUUCAUCAACAAACCUGGGAUUCCAGAGGCACCGACAGAGCAGAAAUCCAGUCCUGAAAUGCAACGCAAGUCAGUCACAAAACUGCCUCUUUGCUUCAGAAAAAUGCACAGGAUGCUGUGUACGUGCAGAGAUGGCUGGAAAGCAUAUUACAGGCAGUCUGUCUUUUUAGCAGGCUUGGGUUUAGCCUUCUUGUACACCACAGUGCUUGGCUUUGACUGUAUCACUACAGGGUACGCCUACACGCAGGGGAUCAGUGGCUCUCUUCUCAGCAUACUCAUGGCUCUUUCUGCCUUCUCAGGACUAAUGGGCACAAUUUUGUUUACUAAGCUAAGGAAGCAUUAUGGCUUGGCUGUCACAGGAGUCAUAUCCAGCCUCCUCCAUGUAAGCUGUUUAAUGCUGUGUGUGUUUUCAGUCUUUGCCCCCGGCAGUCCUUUUGACUUGGGUAUUUUCUCUCUUCUCACAAGUAAGAACUCUUCCUUAAACCACGAGACACUGCAAAAGAACCAGCUGCAUAUUUACCCAUUCCAAAGAAACAUCAACCAACCCAUACUGCCAGAUCGUUCUUCAAUUCAUUGGACUAAUAACACAGUGCUGUUGGACAGCGUGCAUGGGAGCGAUCACCCAGAAUCCUAUAUUUCAAUCAUUCUCUUGUUCUCAGGAGUGAUAUUAGCCAGAAUUGGUCUUUGGUCAUUUGACUUGACUGUGACCCAGCUUCUUCAGGAGAACAUUCCAGAAUCAGAGCGUGGGAUAGUCAAUGGUGUGCAGAGCUCUAUGAACUACUUGAUGGACCUUGUACAUUUCAUUAUGGUUAUUCUAGCUCCUCAACCACAACAAUUUGGGUUGCUGGUGAUAAUUUCCUUACUGUUUGUGAUAACGGGGCAUGUCAUGUAUUUUAUUUAUGCUAAAAAAUAUAAAAUUAAAGAAACUGUGAUACAAACAAACUCAGAGAGGAAGCCACAGAAUCCCUCUGUCUGAAAGUCUCAUAAUCCUUUUUUUUCAAAAUCCAUUUUUCAAGAGCUCCACAUUCAUGGAGUAUAGGUUACUUGCAUAAAAAUGUUGACUAAACUCAACACACUAGCCAAAAUGUUUAUCUGUUUCUAUUCCCACCCCAAACACACUGCUAUAUCAUGAGAAAUAAAGAACAAAAUACUAACUGGAAGACUUAUUUCAAAACACUUAAAGAUUGUGUUUUUUAAAGGACAGUCUCAUUUCUGUAUCUGCUUAGUUUUUACAAUCAACUCUUUGCAAGGACACACAAAGCUUAUUCUCAGGGUUCCAGAUGAAAAUGACAAGGCAACUAUUUUUCCCUUUGUUAUCCAUAUGUAGAGAAUAUUAAAACAGAAUUCACAAUUUGCACAUCACAACCCGCCCUUCCUAAGCAAAUGAUACCGUAGUUAUUUUUUUAACCAUCUUUUCCAUCACACAAGAUGGAGCAACAGGAAUGUGUCUUCCUAGAUAGUUCAUAGAAACCAAUAACUUAUUUACAGCCAGCACAUUGUGUUCAACUUAUCACUAAGAAAUUCUGUAUUUUUUAUUUUGGACUGGCCAAAUACUGACCCCUGUAUUGCAUAUAAAUAU